UAAAAAUGUCUCUUAUAUUAAGUUAAAUCAAUAAAGAUAAUGUAAAAGUUGGUAAGGGAUGCUGCAUUGCAUUAGGAGUUUAAAUAAUAUCAGAGAUUGGUGAAAUAAUAAUAGGAGAUUAUACAAUAAUUGAAGAGGGAUGUUUAAUUAGAAAUAAUCAUUUUAAGAGAAUGAUUAUAGGUUCUUAUAAUGUAUUUGAGAUUGGUUGUAAGGUUGAAAAUACAAAUAUUGGAGAUUGUAAUGUAUUUGAGAUGAGAUGUACAUCUGUUUUGAUAAAUUAGGUAUAAUUGAAAGUGGUUGUACAAUUGAAAAUAAUUGUAGAUUUGGCAUAAAUUCAAGAAUACCUUCGAAACAGAAUUUUUCUAAUUUUUCUAGAGUAUACUAUCCUUUUAAUUGUUUAAAAGUGCCGUAAUAUGAUUCAUCAUAACAUAAAGAAGAAAUAACAGAAUUAUGUGUUGCAUUAAUUUAGUUAGGAUCAAAGAAAUGAUAUUAAUAAG